CUGGAUUUCAACACGGUAGUGUUGGGAGCUUUUUCAGUGUGAUUUUGGAUUCGAGGAGAAACGGACGUGAUUAUUAAUAUUAGAUUAGGAAGAACAGGGACAUAAACGAGGGAUAGGAUUUGGAGGCACAUCAUAGACAUUAAGGAACACCUGGUGUUAUAUUUCUUUCAUUAACUCCGUGCUGACAUCAAAGAAGAGGAUUCCCGCAGUGUUCUGUAGAUGAGCUGGCUCCAUAAUCGUUUGAGGACAUAACUGUUGCUCUGCUCUUGCUAUGUUUGAUCGAAAUUAGAGACAACUCCAUAAGUCACCAUCGGAGCUGAAGACAAAGUAGACUUUUCUUUCGUUAUCCUAUCGUUUCUGCUUCAAGAUCGCUACUCAGUGGAUGUCUUCCAUUGAACGUCACUACGGUAUCUGCAGUAUCUUAAUUUCAUCACAUCUGAUUUUGAAAUCUUCUUUGUCCAUUGAAUUUAAUGACACAUCCGUUCCUCUUAAGCUGUUCUUUAGGCUUUUUGUGCAGCAUCUAGACUAGUAAAGGUAAGUUCACUUUACAUCUGACUGACAACAACGUGACAUUGAUACUACUAUGAGCCUUUGAAUUAUUCAAGUGCUAUAAACAUGCUUUUGGAGUUCUACAUUUAGCUGACAACAGUGUGGCAUCAGUACUCUCAUGAGCCUCUGAAUUAUUCAAGUGCUAUAAGCAUGCCUUUGUGAUUCUACGUUUAUCUCUCAACAACUUGUCAUUAAUACCCUCAAGAGCUUCUGAAGUAUUCAAGAGCUAUAAGUAUGCUUUUGGGAUUCUACGUUUAGCUGACAAUAACUCUCAUGUGCUUCUGAAAUUUCCAUGUGAAAUAAACAUGCCUGUCUCGUGUUUUGAGUGAAAUGCAGAAAUCAACUUUGGAAUCAGUUUCUUUUAAAUAUAUUGCGGUGCUACAGGUAUUGUUCACACAUUUUUGGUAACUUUAUGUAUGGUAAAAAAAGUGAAACAUGGCUGACACCAAAUCGUUUUCGACUGCACCAGUUGACAGUGGUCACUCUAAUCAGGAGACACCACGACUUUCUCUCUCUCUACAUUGUUGUAACAUGUUUUUUAACGUUUUGAAGCUCCAACGCUUUACCGAUAAUGACACAGAGUAUCUUUAUCAGCGAUAUUUCUUCAAUAUAAACCAGCGUCGUCUAACAGCCUUACUAUUCUUGAUGAUUAGCGUCACCCUGGUGAUGGUACUUCUGAAUUACGCACUAAGCGGACGAGGUUCCCUCUUGCAUGGCUAUACGUUUGGCGUCAUGAUUGCUUUGUACAUAAUAAUGGCUAUUGUUAGCGUCCAAAGCUUCUUCAACCAAGUCUACCUCCUGAUCUUCUCCUAUACCCUGCUCACAAACUUCUUCGUCAUCGUCAUCCUGAUGGUUAUGGACUUGGACGCAACUAUUCCCACCGUUAGCAUCUGGUGUACGUCCUUCUUCAUCUACCUCAACUACACCUUUCUGCAGCUUCGGAUUCAAGAGGCCUUGGUGUAUAGCAUGUUACUGGCCACAGUCCAGGUGGCAUGCUCAGCUGUAGUUAACUUUGGCAGUCAUCUUUUGUGGAAGCAGCUUCUAGCUAGUUCUGUACUCUACCUAGCAAUCAACAUAGCCGGCAUCUUCUCUCACUUUCCAAGUAAAACAGCACAGAGACAAGCAUUUCUGGAGACUCGUCAAUGCAUUGAAUCACGUCUUAACAUUCAACGAGAAAAUCAGAAACAGGAGCGUCUCUUGCUGUCAGUUCUACCGAGACACGUUGCCAUGGAGAUGAAGUCUGAUAUCGCCAAGAAGCCUCAGGAUACGAUGUUUCAUAAAAUCUACAUUCAAAGACAUGAGAACGUCAGCAUUCUGUUUGCAGACAUAUGUGGAUUCACUUUGCUAGCGUCCCAAUGCACUGCUGAGGAAGUGGUGAAGAUUCUGAACGAAUUGUUUGCCAGAUUUGAUAAACUUGCAUCAGAGAACCAUUGUCUACGGAUCAAGAUUCUGGGAGACUGUUAUUACUGUGUUAGUGGAAUACCAGAGCCUCGGCCCGACCAUGCCCACUGUUGUGUAGAGAUGGGACUAGACAUGAUUGACGCCAUUGCGUUGGUACGAGAAGUCACUGGAGUAGAUGUCAACAUGCGAGUGGGAAUCCACACAGGACGUGUCCAUUGUGGAGUUCUGGGACUCCGAAAAUGGCAGUUUGAUGUUUGGUCCAACGACGUUAGUUUGGCUAAUUAUAUGGAAGCUGGAGGAGUUCCUGGAUAUAUCCACAUCACCAAGGAAACGCUGAAAUGUUUAAACGGUGACUACCAGUUGGAAUCAGGCAAUGGUGGUGAGAGACACGCCUAUCUUAGAGAUCACAAUAUAGAAACUUUUCUUAUCGUUCCUGACGAUAAGACCAGAGUGAACCAAGUACGAUCUCGUCAGAGCAUUGUUACCCUGAACACUGUUUCCAAGGAGAUGAGAAUGAUGGGUCACACGGAUAAUAAUAUGGGGUUGGAAAAUAGAAGAAACAAGGAAUACAAAAAACCCCAGGAGGAAGUAAACGAUUACCUGGACCGUGCAAUUGACGCUCGCAGUAUUGACCGAUUACGGUCCGAACAUUGCAAAAGAUUUUUAUUGAGAUUUCGCAAGCAAGAAGUGGAAGAGAAGUACAUGCAAGAAGAAGACAAAAUGCUCGAGACGUAUUUUUUAUCUAGCGGCCUGCUUCUACUUUUCAUAGCCAUUAUUCAGCUUCUUAUAUUUCCUAUAUACUGGUUAAGACCUUUUCUACAAGUUAUUGGAGGUGUGUGUAUUGUUGGAGUUCUCACCUUAAUAAGGAUUUUAAAACAGAACAUAACGCGCAAGAUACCAGCCCUAAUAAGAAGGCUAACCAGUAACAUAUCAGCCAGUCGAAAACACAGCCAAGCUUUGGCCUUGGUAGUAUUGGCCAUCCUCUUCACAGUGUGCAUGGUACCGUUGUGUUUCUUGGAAGUUUCUCAGACUGGAUGUUGGGUGUUAGUAAACAAUACUUUCAAUUCCUCUCUCAAUGUGUCUUUCUUGAUAGACGUCCGAAUAUCUGAAGACUGUGCCAUUAGAGACUUUCCUAGAGUGCCAGAGUUUAUCUCCUUUAGCAUGGUUUUAGUGAUGCUGAGCGUAGCACCAUACCUAACUUUGAGUGUGAUGCACAAGUUCUUGAUCCUUAUUGUUUUCGUUGGAGGUUUCUGCCCCUUACCGCUUCUUGUUCAGGCACCUUUGUUCGAGAUGUAUGACCGUUUGCUACUACAGAAUACAGAAGAAAUGGAUCGUGGGUCAACACCAUCAAAAUACCUUGCUAUCCUGAUGGUAGUACUUUUCCUCGUGGCCCUGUUGAUACACGGACAUCAAGCAGAAUCGACCGAGAGGUUAGAUUUUCUUUGGAAACUGCAGGCAGUGGAAGAGAAGGAAGAUAUGGAACACCUCCAGGCCUACAACAGAAAACUUCUCAGUAACAUCCUUCCAGCGCACGUGGCUGAACAUUUCCUAGCUGCUGACCAUAGAAACGAGGACUUGUACCACGAGCAGCGAGAUAGUGUCUGCAUCAUGUUUGCUUCUAUCCCUAACUUCAGUGAGUUCUACAUGGAGUUAGAGGGGAACAAUGAGGGAGUGGAAUGUUUACGACUGCUGAAUGAAAUCAUUGCAGAUUUUGACGAGAUUGUAGAAGAAAAACAGUUUUCUUGUAUCGAAAAGAUCAAGACAACCGGUUAUACGUACAUGGCUGCCUCCGGCCUGACAUCUGCCUCCACUGACCUGGCUUCACACUCUCAUAUUACAGCUAUGGCGGACUUUGCUAUACGGCUAAGGGAUCAGCUGGAUUAUGUUAACGAACAUUCCUUCAAUAAUUUUAAAAUUCGGAUUGGUUUAAAUGUUGGUCCAGUUGUUGCUGGGGUCAUCGGAGCCAAGAAGCCUCAGUACGACAUCUGGGGUAAUGCUGUUAAUGUUGCUAGUCGAAUGGACAGCACGGGAGAAAUGGGAAAGAUUCAGGUUACCCAUGAUGUCUACGUGGUAUUAGAAGAACAUGGCUAUACACUAGAAUGUCGUGGUUAUACAAAAGUGAAGGGGAAGGGGGAAAUGCUCACAUAUUUCCUAGAUGAAGGGAGGGACAGAAAAGGAAGAUCUUGAGGAGAAAAAAAAAACAGAGCCAAGAGGAAAAAUAUUUAAGAUUUUCUAUUUAGUGGCAAACUAUAAACUGUUUUAAUGUGUUCUUUCUCUUAAUUGUCCUUAUACGAGAUUGUGAAAGGAAGAGAAAGAUGUCGCUCAACUAGUUACUUCGUGAAAUUUAGCUUAGCUCACAAAAAGUGUAUGUAAGGUAUAUAUAAAAAUUAAAUAUAUAAGUUAUUCAGAUGUUCAUAAAAGUAUUAUUUAUCUAUGAUAUAAGUAUUGCCCAGUAUACUUGCUUUAGGAACACCGAAGGAAAUUGUGUGGUGAUUUGUAAACCUGAAUGUUGUCACUCCUACACGGCUUUAUGGAAUAUCCUACACGGCUUUAUGGAAUAACAGUGCUGCAAAAACGAGAUUGUUAUAAGUAAAAAAAAAACAAUACAGUUUAAGAAGUAAAUUUGAGUCGUCCAUUAUUUAAACUAGGUCCAAUGAUGAGCAUAGCCUCUAUUCAACAGAAAGUAUAUUUAGUGAGAGACUAAUGAAGCUACAAUUAAAUAAAGUCAACUCAACUAUGAAUCCACUGUCCAGUAUGAUACCCACAAAUCUGAAACACAUUACGACUUUACUAUAUUUUUUGUUUAAAAACACAUGGGUUCAGCGUGUCAUCGAGUUCAAAUAAAAGAAAAGUUAACAUUUUCGCAAAUGAUCAUAUUGUCGCUUUUCUAUUUCACUAUUGUAAUUGCUUAAAUAUGUUUGUGAAAUAUCCUGGACAUAUUACUCAAGGUUAUUUAUAAUGUGAAAACGUAGCCAGAACUUAUUAUUUAAUUUAUUUUAUAUUUUGUGAUUAUGACGAGUUAAUAACGUAAAGGGAAAAUUAUUUUAUUCAUCAGAAUCUAGUCUUUUAUUCGAUGUAUUUGUUUAGUUCUACAGCAAUAUCGCUAGAGGCCACUUUUGGCAAGUGUGAAAUAAGAAAUUUCACAUUUCUCAAUUAUAUUAAUUUUGGGUUGUUAUUUGUAACCUAAUGUUAUUUUGAUAUCUACAUCGUAAAUCAAGUCUUUUUUUUCAGGCUUACAAAGUGUCAGUCUUUAUCACCAAUUGAAAUGCUUGUUUGAAUUUUUAGACUUGAGUUUCGAACGAACAGAUGUGUUAAAUGAGUGAAAUGAUUUGAACCUUAUUUUUUCAUUUAACUUAAAAAAAAUAUAUUUUAUUUCCAUGAAUGUUCGCAUGUGUGUGUUUAUGCGUUGUUGUUUAAAUAUCUAAAGUGAACAGUCUUUUGAAAAAAUUUGAUUACAUUUCUGUUAAUAUUUACAUAUUUGUAAUAUAAACACUAGUUGGUAUUUAAGCAAAUAAGGUAGAAGAAAAAAAGUAAUAAUAAUAAAUUAUUUUAAAGCUCCAACCCAGGGAGUUGCUCAAAACCAUUUCAAGUUGUGUGUCGAGGCUUGAGAAUUUCAAUGCUGAAAAUUCAAACUUUGACACUGGAGCUUCCUUGUAAGUUAAUGUUAAGUUUUUUAAAGCGGUUUCCUGAUGUAUCUCUGUAUUGUGUAUUUUCAUUCUACCAUUAGACACUGGAGCUUCCUUGUAAGUUAGUUUUAAGUUUUUUAAAGCGGUUUCCUGAUGUAUCUCUGUAUUGUGUAUUUUCAUUCUACCAUUAGACACUGGAACUUCCUUGUAAGUUAGUUUCAAGUUUUUUAAAGCGGUUUCCUGAUGUAUCUCUAUAUUGUGUAUUUUCAUUCUACCAUUAGACACUGGAACUUCCUUGUAAGUUAGUUUUAAGUUUUCUAAAGCGGUUUCCUGAUGUAUCUCUGUAUUGUGUAUUUUCAUUCUACCAUUAGACACUGGAACUUCCUUGUAAGUUAGUUUUAAGUUUUUCAAAGCGGUUUCCUGAUGUAUCUCUGUAUUGUGUAUUUUCAUUCUACCAUUAGACACUGGAACUUCCUUGUAAGUUAGUUUCAAGUUUUUCAAAGCGGUUUCCUGAUGUAUCUCUGUAUUGUAUCAAUUUUCCUCCACUCUUCUGCUUAACUUGGCUGAGGUUAAUAUCCGGUUAAAGAAAAGUGUGCAACCCUAAAAAAGCUAGUAUUCUUCAUGUACUAACGCAGAGCUUAUGCAUAAGUCAGCAGUAGUUUCAUUUUAUUAACGAAGUUCCUUAGUGGACAGAGUUAUGUCCCACGUGUGAAUUCCGUAGUUCUGUCGUCACAUAUGCGUGCGAGAAACCUGCUUGUUUGUGUGAACAACUUGGACAGGAAAUUCAUUUCGCGAAAAAGUUCGUUUCUAUAUUAAAAAAAAAAAAUAAUUAAGAAAGCAACCACAGAUUAAUUUUCUCUAAAACUACGUAAGCUGUGAUGGUAUAACUGUACUAACCCACUUGUAGGAUGGGAAGGAAGGAAAAGUGAAUCCUAAAAAUAAUAUUUUAUAUAUUUUAGGAAAAUAAACUAGUUCAAACAUUCAACAAAGAAUCGCACAAAAAAUACUUGAAAAUUGUAGAACCCUACAUCCCAGUUAAAAGUAUUAUAGUUACUAUUACUUGAAAAUUGCAGAACCCUACAUCCCAGUUAAAAGUAUUAUAGUUACUAUUACUUGAAAAUUGCAGAACCCUACAUCCCAGUUAAAAGUAUUAUAGUUACUAUUACUUGAAAAUUGUAGAACCCUACAUCCCAGUUAAAAGUAUUAUAGUUACCAUUACUUGAAAAGCGCAGAACCCUGCAUCCCAUAUAAAAGUAUUAUAGUUACCAUUAAAUUACCAAGCUUAAAGAGUGGGGCUGGCAUGUAGGGUAAUGCAAAUAUCACAACUAUCAACAUAUACGAUGUUUCAAAGUUCCGGUCUUGUUCUGUCAUUCGUUUCAAAUAUAUUUCUGUUUCACUGGCUGUUUUUUGUUGUUGUUGUUACCUUAUCCUGUGUCAUGAUAUCAACAGUGCACAUUUCGAAGAGCUGAAAAGGCAGAAUUAGAAAAAUCGUGAUGUUGUGCGAUUUUUGCAUCACCCAGUACACUUUGUCCUACUACCAGUUCGAUAUCGUUAUAUGAUGACCUUUACCUUAUAUUUGGAGGUUAUAUCACAAACAGUAGAAUAUAUUUAUGAUAAGUAUAAAUAUAGAAUCCGUUUGACAGAGAUACUAAUAAACUGUUUUCUGUUGCGAUAUACGUAUAUCUUAAUAUGAUAAGUAAAUAGAUAAACAACGAUAUAUAAGCACAAUGAAGUGGUUUUAGUUUGAGAAUAUACUAUAUGUUUCCACAGAACAUUGGGAUCGAAACAUGUAUUAUGUUUCCCACUUCAUUAUGCUUAUAAAUCGUUAGUUGUCAAUUUACUAUUAUGUUAGCAUAAUGUGCUUCCAUACACAAGUAUAUAUUUCACUGUUCAAAUGUGAACAAAAUACAGUUUUCUUUGGUUCUUUGACUAAUAUGUUAUAUCUGUAAUACUGGGUGCAUCAUCAAUGUAUACUAAAUGCGUACAAUUGUCCGAAAUAUUUUCCUGCUCAUCAAAAUUCUUAAGACUAAUUCUCUAAAUUUAUAAUUAUUCUAAAAAGGCAGACUUCUCUGAACAAUAUUUAACAAUUAUUAUAAUUUCAAUCUCCAUUUAAAAAACGUAGAGAGAUAUAUCUAUGUAACUGGUAAACCCAAAGUCCUUAAACCUAUAUUACCAUAAACAAAACAUUUUGUUUUAGUUAAUUUGUAGAAUAACUUUUUUUUCGUAUUUAAAUGGCAGUUUUUCUGCUGGUCGAGCUACUAAUAACAGUGUCAGACAAGGUCCGUUGUACCUGUAGGAACAUGUAUUACAGUAGAGGUAUGGAUGUUGCGUCUGUAGGAACAUGUAUUACAGUAGAGGUAUGGGUAUGGAUGCUUAUUCUAUUUUUCUAGACUGAUAUGACUUUUGUAAUUUAUCAAGUACUUCACACAAAUUCUUCAAUAGAUCCUAAUAUAUUAAAACAGUACUGUACAGUACUGUGCCUUUAGGAUUUACAAUUACGAUACAAUAUUUCUUUUGUGCUCAACCCACUAGAAACGUUAUCAUAUUCCUUCGCAAAUGUAAAGGCGCUUUUGUAUUCAAAAUUGUAUGCUGGAGAGGGCAUAGAUUUUGUGACAAACAACUGUAUACGAUCCAUGUAUAAGGAUUCGUGAAACUUACAACAUUAUAGACUUGUAUGGAUUCAACACAGAAGUUCUCAUAACAACUAGAUCUGUAUUGUACCUGUGGUCUCAACUAGCGGAAGAAUAUUGAACAUCAAACUCUUAAUGUGUUAUGAACCAAAGGUAAAUAACAAUACUGCUUUUACCAGAAGACUAUAUUGAAAUGUGUCUUCUUAAAACUUAUAAAGAGGUUUACAUGUAACAAGAAAUGUUUUACAAGCUUUGCCACGUAAAUCAUGUGCCAACUCAAAACAGUACUUGUAAAAAAAAAAAAAAUAUAUUAUAAAAUUUGUGGUUAUAUUUUUCAAUAAGGUUGACACUCGAGUUCUUAAAAAAAGCAUUGAUAUUUAUUUAUAUAUAUUUUUUACCUUUACGGUUUGUUAAAAUAAUUUUAAAUGAUCUAGUUAAGACUCAGUUAAAGUUUCUUCAUACGUAUAACAUUAAUGUAUUUCGGGGAAGUUUAAAUUGUGCAUGAUUUAUAUCUGAUUCAGAAAACGUUUCUUCCUAUCUAUAACAUUAAUUCACUUUGUUUGUGUGUACUGCAUGUUGACGUUGCGCUAAACGUGAAUUUGCAAAUCGUACUUUUGGCUAUAAAUUUGUUAAGUCAAAAUAUAAUUACAUCAUUCCACUAUGGUACUGGCUUUUGUUUGAGUGCAGAGCUACACAAUGUUAAUCUAAUGGAGUAUUUGUCUUCCUUUAGGGUUCGGAGAUCAAUGGAGUAAAAAAAUUACUUUCUGUUUGAGUUAUCACUGUUUUCAGGCAAAAUGAGUAAAUCCUUUUAUUUCUGUUUGAGUAACCAUUGCUUCGAGACCAACGGCGUAGAAAAAUUACUUUCUGUUUGAAUUAUCACCGUUUUCAGGCAAAAUGAGUAAAUCCUUUGAUUUCUGUUUGAGUAACCAUUGCUUCGAGACCAACGGCGUAGAAAAAUUACUUUCUGUUUGAAUUAUCACCGUUUUCAGGCAAAAUGAGUAAAUCCUUUGAUUUCUGUUUGAGUAACCAUUGCUUCGAGACCAACGGCGUAGAAAAAUUACUUUCUGUUUGAGUUAUAAUUGUUUCGUGAGGAGUAAAUCAUUUGCUUUUUUUUUUAGGCGCACCGGAGUUGAGGUCAAUGGAGUAGACCUCUUUCUCUCUGUAUGUAUUAUGAUGGUUUUUCACCUUUUGCUCAAAACAUUUAUUGUUAAUCUUUUCUUCAUAUUCUUACUUCUCAUUCUGUUUGUGAAUAUUAAGAACAAUGGUCACGUGCUUUAAAAAUUGUUAACAUCGAUGGAAAUUUUGGGAAUGUGUUUACAAUAACAAUGAAUCACUGUUUUUGUUUUUUAAAAAUGAGGUGACAGAAAAUGAAUAUUUUGACCAUAUAUUAGGAUUAAUAAUGUUUUGGUUAUUGUAAAUGAGUUAUUAAAUGGCGUGCAAAUUCCAUAAUAUAAUUCUAAAUUUAUAUCGGUGACCAUGAUUAUUUACAGUCAUUUAUUAAUAUUAAUCUUACUGUUGCCCGAUGGAAGGUUCUGGUAAGUUAGCCAAGAAGCUCGCAAAUAAAAGAAAAGUAUUCUAACGUAGAAAAAAAGUCCGUGUAUAAUUCUACAUAUUAAUUUACCUACGUUAUGAAUCUUAAAAAAACAACAUAUGUCUUUAUUAAGCUCAAAUUACAAAACGCACUUAUCGUAAUAGCAGUAAAUAGAUGAAAUAAAUUGUAAAAGAACAGAUCACAUAAAAUGGUUGGAGCUACUCAGAUGUAUUUUAAUAUUAUUUAGAAUUAUAUAUGAUUUUCUAUAGAUAGACUUUGAAAAACAUGGGACAUACACUUAAAUGAAUUUCUAGUAACUAAAAACAUUCCUUGAAAAGUAUCUUUGUAUCGAGCACGUGUAUUUGAUACAAUAACAUAGUUUCUGCUAUUGGAUUGUAAGAACGAACUAGCGUUAAGGAUUAAAUUUUUGUGUACGAAAACCCUCUUCUGGAUAUCUUGUAUUUUUUUCUGUGAGAUUACGUUUUUUUUUUGUUGUUGCAUUGGGCGCGAUUUUCAUGUACUUCAAUCAUGUCAGUCAGUUUUAUAUAUAUAUAUACCUAUAUUUGAGAUUCCAAUAGUAAAAAAAAUAACUACUUAUUUAAAAUGUUUUACGUUUAUUGCUAAUUUAUCUGAAAUUGUAUGAUGCCAGUACUAUGAAAUAAAAACUUUAGGACUGUA